CUCUCGUCAGUUCAGCUUCCGUCUCACGAACUGAAAAGCAGAAGCAUGAAGUUCUACCUGCUGCUGCUGCUGCUGCUGCCGCUGCUCUCAGCUCAACAGUUUUCCAUCCAGUGUUAUGGCGAGGACUUUCUGAUGGUGAACCACCUGCUGCUCGACUGCUCCAGCGCAGACAAACAGGCCUGCUACACCCGAGAUAACGGUGAGAAAGGCUGCACUCGGCUGGAGAACUGCUCCAGAAGCGGUUGGACCUGCUGCCACACCAGCCGCUGCAACGCCUGACCAAUCACAGCCCGGGAAACUGCACAUCAUUCUACAUAAUGUGAAAUAAAGCUGUGAGGGAGACUUCCCAGAAUGCC